GCCUACCUUCAGCUAGCUAUAACGACAAGUAGCUAACCUUCUUGUUAGACUUGACAAAACGUAAUAGUGAAAAAUAAUCCUGAGGAGAGACACGGUAACCGCUGCCAGCGGGUCAUGCAGCUCUCUAAAAGGUAAUGAGCCGUAAAGCCUCGGGGUCUCGGCUCAGCGGCGCCCACAAACUGCAGCCACAGUGGAAUGACUGGCAGGCCAGAGUUGACAGUGUGUCAUCCAGCCAGGACACAGUGAAGUCCAGAGAGCUUGGUUCAGGAGCGUUGUACGACGUGUUGCCCUCCAGCUGCCCUGAACAGCCAGCGGUGCCCAGCGAUGCUUACGCUGCUGCAGAUACACACCAGGAAGAGGGUGGAUAUGAAGCUGGUCAAGGUGUCUGUGAUACCUCGUUUGGUUGGAAGUCGCUGGGGCAAGAGUUGAGGCCCAAUGACGUGACGACGGAUUUGACUCCUUUUCAGCAUGGAAACCGUGCUUUAGCUUCAAAGGACAUGAGGAAAUCGCAGGACAGAGGGGUGGCUCACUCAGAGGAGUCUCGGCUGGCCAACCUCCUGCGCCGAGUCUCCAGGGAGGACGAUCGCGACCGCAGGCUGGCCACCCUCAAACAGCUGAAGGACUUCAUCAGCCACGGAGAGAGCAAAGUGACCCUGGUCAAACAGUUGGACACCAUCCUCAGCACCUUGAAUGAUAUUUUGAAUGAGAGCAGUAAGCUGCUGUGGGAGCUGCGCCAGGACGCGGCGGCCUGCCUGGGUCUCCUCUGCACCGUGCUCAGCUAUGAGGCCGAGCGCAUCUUCAAGUGGCUUUUCCUCAAGUUCACUUCGAGCAGUCGUGACGAGGUGAAGCUGUUGUACCUGGUGGCAGCACAGCGUGCUCUGGAGACGGCUGGAGAGAGGAAGGCCUUCUCGCAUGUCAUGCAGCUGGUGAUGAGCAACCUGCAGUCCAUCCUGGAGAACGUGGACACACCAGAGCUGCUCUGUCAAAGUGUGAGGUGUAUUCUUCAGGUGGCUCGCUGCUACCCUCAUGUCUUCAGCACCAACUUCAGAGACACAGUGGACAUCCUGGUGGGCUGGCACAUUGACCACACACAGAAACAGUCACUCACUCAGCAAGUCUCAGGCUGGUUACAGAGUCUGGAACAGUUCUGGGUGGCAGACCUGACCUUCUCCACCACCCUGUUGGGACAGUUCUUGGAGGAUAUGGAGGCAUAUGCAGAGGAUCUGAGCCAUGUGGUGUCAGGCGACGUGGUAGAUGAAGACAUCCCCCCUCCUUCAGUGUCACUGCCCAAACUGGCUGCUCUACUGAGGGUCUUCAGUACAGUGGUCCGCAGCAUCGGAGAGAGAUUCAACCCCUUCAGAGGACCGCCCAUCACUGAAGUCUACGUCACAGAUGUUCUGAACCGGGUUCUGGCCUGUGUGACCACAGCGAAGCAGGUCCAGUUCUCUGAGGCGGUUCUCACAGCAGGGAAUGAGUGUGUGGGUGUGUUGCUGGCCAGUGUGGAGCCCUGCGGUCAGCUGAUGGAAGCUGUCCUAGCCUAUGGCCUGGACCAGCUGGACUGCUGCCGGGCCUGUGGCACAGACUACAACCUGGCAGUGCUCAGCCUGCUCACUCUGAUUGUGGACCAGAUCCACACGAAGCUGCCUGCGUUCUUUGUGGAGAAGUUGUUGGCACCUGACUCCCAGCUGCUGAAGCUGCGCUUCCAUCGAGAGAAAGAGGUGAUGUCAGCUGUUCACAGUGUGUACCAGGCUCUGCUGAGCCUCAAAAACAUACCUACACUGGAGGCAGCUUAUAAGAUGGUACUGGGUGAGAUGGCAUGUGCCCUGUCCAGCCUGAUGGUGACCCUGGAGCCCACUGGUAGGGCCUCGGCCCCCGACAGCCUGUGCCCCACCAUCCAGCACCCUGCUUUUGCUUCCCUCACCCUACCACUGGAGAAGGCCCAGUUCACCCUCAUCUUCAACCUCAGCACCCUCACCACCAUCGGCAACACCAAGAACUCUCUCAUCGGGAUGUGGGCGUUGUCUCCUACGGUCUUUGCCCUCCUCAGUCACAAUCUGAUGCUGGUCCACUCUGAGUUAGCCGUCUACUACCCCGCCAUCCAGUACGCUGUACUCUACACCCUGUACUCCCACUGCACCAGACACGAUCACUUCAUCUCAUCCAGCCUGUCAUCAUCUUCUCCCUCCCUUUUUGACGGCGCUGUCAUCAGUACGGUGACCACGGCAACUAAGAAACAUUUCAGCACACUGCUAAGCCUUUUGGGAGGUCUGCUGGUGAAGGAGCACCUCUACCCCGAGGCCAGGAGGCUGCUGCUAACAUGGGCUCAGGAAAUCUCUGUGCUGAUGAAGAAGUCCGACACUUACAGCCCUCUCUUCUCCCUGCCCUCCUUCAACAAGUUCUGCAGAGGCCUGCUGGCUAACGCUCUAAAUGAAGACCAGGGUAUCUGUCUUCAGACCUGCCACAGUUUACAGGUCCUGUCUUCAUCUCUGUCCACUGAGCUGCUGCAGAGGUGCGUGGAUGUGUGCAGAGUGCAGCUGGUCCACUCAGCAGUGAGGGUCAGGCAGGCCUACGGCAAGCUGCUCAGGACAAUCCCCCUUGAUGUGGCUUUGAGUAACCACAGCCACCCUGAAAUGAGGGAGAUCUCACUGGCCAUCCGCCACCACAUGAGCCGAGCACCAAGCAGCACCUUCCACCCCCAGGACUUCAGCGACCUCAUCAGCUUCAUCUUAUAUGGCGUCCUGCACCGUGGAGGGAAGGACCCCUGGCUGGAACGUCUGUACUACAGCUGCCAGCGGCUCGAGAAGCGGGACGUCCGAGGAGGUGCGGACGGCAGCAGGCCGGGUGUGGUGCCACGGGCGCUGUUGAAAACUGAGGUGGUUCUGUGGCAGUGGGCAGUGUGGGAGGCUGCGCAGUUCACUGUGCUGUCCAAACUCCGAACACCGCUGGGCCGUGCUCAGGACACCUUCCAGACCAUCGAAGGUAUGAUCCGGAGUCUGGCUGCCCACAGUCUGAACCCAGAGCAGGAUGUUGGAGCAUGGGCUGGUGCUGGAGGUGAUGGGGAUGGUCACCACUCCAAUCAGCUCCGCCUCGCUCUGCUGCUUCAGUACCUGGAGAACCUGGAGAAGCUCAUGUACAACGCCUAUGAGGGCUGUGCCAACGCACUGACUGCCCCACCGAAGGGCAUCAGAACAUUCUUCUACACAAACCGCCAGACGUGCCAAGACUGGCUGACGAGGAUUCGCCUGGCACUGAUGAGGGUGGGUCUUCUGUCUGGCCAACCAGCAGUGACCAUUCGUCACGGCUUCGACCUGCUCACAGAGAUUAAGAACAGCAGCACCCAGGGUCCUCUGGAGCUGGAGGUUCCUCUGACGCUGCUGGUGGAGGCCCUCUGUGAGCUGCGCUGUCCUGAGGCCAUCCAGGGCCUGGCGGCCUGGAGCCUCACCACCACCGGCAGGAGUCUGGGCUGGCUGUCGUCAGUCGCCCUGCAGGCUGAAGGACGGUUUGAGAAGGCGGCUCUGGAGUAUCAGGAUCAGCUGUCUGCGGUUACAGGGAUGGACUGCAGCAUCAAAAGCUCUGAAUGCUGUCUGCUCAAACUCUCCAGCAACAUGAACAGCCCAAAGCACACCAGCAACGGUGACAGCAGGAAGACUGUGCUGCUGAAGUCCAGUGAGUGCUCUCCUGAGGUGGUCAACUUCCUGGCCAACAAAGCAUGUCAGUGUUACGUGGCACUCUGUGAUUGGGCCUCAGUGAAGGAGUGGCAAGCGACCGUCCACGCCCUCAAACAGAACUCCACCAGUCCAGUCAGCAUCAGCCUGAGGACGGAUUUCAACUACAUCCAGGCUCUGAGCCGCUUUGAAGAUGGAGAUCUGGCAGAGUGUGGGGCUCAGCUGGAGCUGCUGCCCGGAGAGGACUACAGCUCACUGUCCAGCAGCAAGGACAAGCUCGAUCUAAAGAGGCUUCUGCCCUCCAUGAGUCCCGAUCCAACUGAGCUGCAAAGAGCCAUCGAGGUGCAGCUCCUUCGAAGCGCUGUUAGCGCCAUGACGAAAGCCAAUCAGCAGCAGGAGCAGAGGACCACAGCCAAUCCAGAUACGUUGGUGCGCUGCCUGAAACAGACUGGACGGAUCUGCCUGGGUCCUCUUCGCCUGUCCACCCUCACUCUGUCUGAUGCCCUGCCCACCCUUCCCACCCUGCAGCUCCACUGCACUGCCACCCUGGAGAAUACACUCACUGGACAAGAAGAUUGUGUGAUUCCACUGUCCAGUGAGGCUCUGAGCUCUUGUAAGCAGCAGGACAUCCAGCCUUUCCUCCAGGCUCUCAGAUACACCAUGUUCCAGAGACAGCUCCUCCACAAGCUCAAAGGCUACUCUUCCUCUGUAGACGGCCACCUGGUGGAGCUUUGUCUGACCGCUGUCAAAUUUGCCCGGAAAAAAGGCAACAUUGCCCUUGCAUCGCGCCUGCUCAGCCAGUGCAAUGACGGGACACAAGAGGAGAAGCAGCAGGACGAGCUGAGCCCGUCCUUCAGGUGUAUCACUCUGGAGGGAACUCUGGGAGAAAAGUGGGGACCAGAGCUGCAGAUAGAAAAGGCAAAAGUGCUGAGAACUGCAGGCCAGUCCAUGACAGCCAUGGAGAUGCUGAGCAGAGCUGCUCUGUCCUACUGCCACGUGGGGAAGAAUGAAGGAGCCGCCUGCCGCUCACUGCUGACGCUGUGUAAAUGGCUGCUGGCUGACUGGAAGGACAUGACCCCUCAGCUCAAACAGGUGGUGAAGAAGUCAGGAACAGUAAACUCGUCCAACGCUGUGGGCAACAUGUCACCUCUGAGCCGGAAUAUCGCUGCUCUGCUGGAGCUGCCCCUCGAGGACCAAGGCAUCCCGCACAUCAUCGCUGAGACAUCAGUGAGUGUGGGCGUCGGAGAGCCAGACUUCGUGCUGGGUCAACUCUACCAGCUCUCCACCAGCCUGGCUCCAGAGGUAGCCAAGUCCUGGGCAGCUCUGGCCAGUUGGGCUUACCGCUGGGGCAGGAAGGUGGUGGAUAAUGCCAGCCAAGGGGAAGGAUUGCCUCUUCUUCCUGGGGAAAAGAAGGAGAUCGAGGAGCUGCUGCCAACAACCACCAGCGAAGAAGACAAGGACACCAUCUUCAGCAUUCUGGGACAGGCCAUGUGUCGACCCACUGGCAUACAGGAUGAAGACAUGGCUCUACAGCAGGAAGACGAUGAGGACGACAUGGUAGACGUGAUCUGGCGGCAGCUCACCGCUUCAUGUCCCUGGCUGGGGGAGGCGGGCCAGGCCGUCACAGAUGGUCUGAUCCGGGUUUGGAGGCGGGUGGUGGACCGCAUCUUCGGCCUCUACCGGGUCUCCUGCCAAGCCUACUUCACCUUCCUCAAGCUGAAUGCAGGACAGGUCCCUAUAGAUGAGGAUGACCCUAAACUCCUGCUGUCCUGUCACAACAACAAACAGAGCAAUGAUGAUGUGAUCGUCAUGGCAACCCUGCGUCUCCUCCGUCUGCUGGUGAAGCAUGCCGGUGAACUGAGGGAGGGGCUUGAGCUGGGCCUAGCCUCAACCCCAACAGCACCCUGGAGGGGUAUCAUCCCCCAGCUGUUUUCCCGCCUCAACCAUCCAGAGGCCUACAUCCGGCAGAGCAUUUGCAGCCUGCUGUGUCGAGUGGCCCAGGACUCCCCUCAUCUCAUCCUCUAUCCAGCCAUUGUGGGCUCACUCUCCCUGGGAGGGGAGGCUCAGAACGCAGGGAGCAAAUUGCCAUCAGCUCUGCCCACCUUCCUGGGCAGUAUGCAGGGGGAGGGCCUGGGUGAAGAGGAGGAGGAGCAGCCAGAGAGCGGAGGACAGGAGGGAACUGCAGAGGAGCUGCCGACCUUCUGCUCCAGCCAAGACCAAGCCAUGAUGCAGGACUGUUACAGCAAGAUUGUGGAGAAGCUGUCCUUAGCCAACCCCACCAUGGUGCUUCAGGUGCAGCAGCUGGUGGGGGAGCUGCGCAGAGUCACCUUAUUGUGGGACGAGCUGUGGCUGGGCGUGUUACAGCAGCAACACAUGCAUGUCCUACGCAGGAUCCAACAGCUGGAGGAUGAGGUCAAGAGGGUGCAGAACAACAACACACUGCGCAGGGAUGAGAAGAUUGCCAUCAUGCGUGAGAAGCACUCGGCUCUGAUGCGUCCCGUGGUGUUUGCCCUGGAUCACGUCUGUAGCAUCACCGCAGCUCCAGCAGAGACACCACAUGAGACCUGGUUCCAGCAGACCUACGGGGACGCCAUCACAACUGCCCUGGAGCGCCUGAGAAACCCUGCCAACCCCGCCAACCCUGCCAGCAGCUGGCUCCCCUUCAAACAGAUCAUGAUGAGCCUGCAGCAGCGUGCUCAGAAGCGAGCCAGCUACCUGCUCCACCUGGAUGAGAUCAGUCCUCGCCUGGUGUCUAUGACCACGACAGAGAUGGCCCUGCCAGGAGAGGUGUCUGCGUCAGACGCCGUCACCAUACAGAGCGUCGGCAACACCAUCACCAUCCUACCCACCAAGACCAAGCCCAAGAAGCUCUUCUUCCUGGGCUCAGAUGGACGCAACUACCCUUACCUUUUUAAAGGUCUGGAGGAUUUACAUCUGGACGAGCGCAUCAUGCAGUUCUUGUCGAUUGUCAACACCAUGUUCACCAAGAUCAACCAACAGGAGCAGCCUCACUUCCACGCCCGCCACUACUCCGUCACCCCCCUGGGAACCCGGUCAGGACUGAUCCAGUGGGUGGACGGAGCCACGCCACUCUUUGGCCUCUAUAAGCGCUGGCAGCAGAGGGAGGCUGUGCUGCAGGCUCAGAAGGCCCAGGAUUCCUUCCAACAGCAGCCAGUGCCUCCAGUUCCCCGCCCCAGUGAGCUCUACUACAGCCGCAUUGGACCAGCUCUGAAGGCGGUGGGGCUCAGUCUAGAUGUGACGCGACGUGACUGGCCCCUCAGUGUCAUGAAGGAGGUGCUGAAAGAGUUAAUGGAGGCCACGCCCUCCAACCUGCUGGCCAAGGAGUUGUGGUGUUCCUGCACCACUCCCAGUGAGUGGUGGAGAGUCACUCAGUCCUACGCCAGAUCCACUGCUGUCAUGUCCAUGGUGGGAUAUAUCAUUGGCCUUGGCGACCGUCACCUUGACAAUGUGUUGAUUGACAUGACCACUGGAGAGGUUGUACACAUUGACUACAACGUCUGCUUUGAAAAAGGUAAGAGCUUGCGGGUGCCAGAGAAGGUCCCGUUCAGGAUGACCCACAACAUUGAGACUGCCCUGGGAGUCACAGGGGUGGAGGGCAUCUUCAGGCUGUCCUGUGAACAGGUGGUUCAAAUGAUGCGUCGGGGAAGGGAGACCCUACUGACCCUGCUUGAGGCCUUCGUCUAUGAUCCCCUGGUGGACUGGACUGCCGGGGGGGAGGUGGGCUUUGCUGGUGCAGUGUACGGAGGAGGAGGCCAACAGGCUGACAGCAAGCAGAGCAAGAGGGAGAUGGAGAGAGACAUCACACGCUCCCUCUUCUCCUCCAGGGUGGCUGAGAUCAAGGUGAACUGGUUUAAAAAUCGUGACGAGAUGCUGGCGGUGCUGCCACAAGUGGAGGAAGCCGUGGAGGAGUACCUGGUCCUGCAGGAGUUGCUGUGCCAGGGGGAGAAACUACAAGCCAAGCUGCAAGAGGAGAUAACGUUCCUGGAGGGGGCAGAGAACCACCCAGACCACCUCAUCCUCACACUGGAGCAAAGGUAUUCUGAACAUACACAGCUGCAGUCGCGGCAGCGGACUGUGCAGGAGGCCAUCCAGAGCAAGCUGGCAGACCUGGACCAGUGGAUCUCCCAGUACCAGGCUGCAUUCUCCAAUCUGGAAGCCACCCAGCUGGCCAGCCUGCUGCAGGACAUCAGCAGUCCCAUAGAUCUGGGUCCUCCCAGCUAUGUCCCAGCUACAGCCUUCCUGCAGAAUGCGGGCCAGGCCCAUCUGAUCAGCCAGUGCGAGAGCCUGGAGGCAGAGUUGAGCUCCUUGCUGCAGCAGCGCCGUGGGGCUCUGCGUGGCUGCCUGGAGCAGCUGCACAGCUAUGCUACAGUGGCUCUGCUGUACCCACGGGCAACUCUGCUGCUCCACCGAGCCCACCAGUGGAAGGCAUGGUUGGAGGAACUGAUGAGAGACAUGACAGUGGAGCACUGUCAGCACAUCUACAGACAAUACGAGGUGCUGUUUGCCCCCCAGCCUCCUGCAGCCUCUUGCCAGUUCCUGUCCAGUGUGGAGCUGACUUUGCAGCACCAGGUGGCCGACACCAAUGAGCGCGUGAUGCACCAGGCAGAGCGACUGAAGGCUGAGGGUACGACAGCAGCAGCCUGUGAGGAGCAGCUGCAGGAGAUCGAACACUGCAUCACAGUCUUCCUCCGGGAGAACGGAGAGCCCGGCUCCCUCAGCCUGGCUGGAAUCAUCACCUCUGCCCUCUGUACACUCUGCAGGAGGAACCUGGUGAUGGAGGGGGCGGCGGCCAGCGCUGGAGAGCAGCUGGUCGACCUGACGUCUCGGGACGGGGCGUGGUUUUUGGAGGAGCUCUGCAGCAUGAUUGGAAAUGUCAGUGCCCUGGCAACACUGCUCCAACGCUGCCCACUGCUGCCCCAUGACCUGGACCUGCCUGCACCCUCAGCUACCACCCAGGCCGUGUACCUGGCCAACACUGUGUACACCUGCCUGCAGGAACUGAACACCAACUUCCGUCAGAUAAUCUUCCCAGAGGCUCUGCGCUGUAUGAUCAAAGGAGAGCCCACCCUGGAGUCCAUGCUGGCCGAGCUGGAGCAGCUGGUGGAGCAGAGCUCUGAUGGUCUCGGCCUGCAGGGCCUGGCAGACAGUCUGCAGGCCACCACAGGCUUGGACCAUGACGGACACAACCACUGCCUCCACAUCUCCAGGAUGCUGCGUGCUCAGUACUCUGAGCUGAUCCAGCCCCGCAGCAUGGAUGGACCAGGACAGGACACACCAAAGAUGUCUGCAGGUCAAAUGUUGUUGGUGGCCUUUGACGGCAUGUUCACACAGCUGGAGACAGCCUUUGGACAACUCACAGAGAAGCUGAGUUCUCUGGAGGUGCCGUCAGCCUGGAGGAAAGUGGAUGUUCUGAGGGAGGCUCGGGGCACACAGCUCCACUUCUUUGACAGCCUGAACCAGAGGCAGCUGAUGGAGGAGGUCUUCUUCCUGAAGAGACUGCAGACCAUCCGGGACUUUUUCAGGCUGUGCUCCUCCUUUGCUCAGACUCUGUCUGGUACCUGUCCCUCAGCUGAGGACCUGUUGCCCACAAAUGGACCGGUUGGUUUGGGGAAGCCGCUGUACCGGCGGCCCAGUGCGACGGGGUCAGGUGUGGCGGUGGUGAGUGAGGAACAGAUGACCCGCCCCAUCAAGGCCUUCACAGCAGAGUUUGUUCGGCAGAUGCUCAUGGGUCUGCCCAGCCAAGCCCUGGGUCUGGCCCUCUGUAGCACGCUGUCGGCCCUCGGCCUCGACGUCGUCACCCAGGUGGAGGCAAAAGACUUUGGUGCAGAGAGCAAGGUGUCUCUGGACGAGCUCUGUAAGAAGGCCGUGGAGCAGAGCCUGGCUUCAGGUCGGGUCUCCCAGCUGCUGCUGAACAGAGCCACGGUGCUGGCCUCCUCCUACGACACAGCCUGGAAGAAGGUGGACCUGCUCAGGAGGCUGGACGCCAACCUAGAGGCUGCCAAGGCCAGUCUGCAGAGGAGCCAGCUGCACAUCGCCAUGUUCCAGUGGCAGCAUGAGGAUGUGCUGAGCCCCAACAAUCAGCCUCUGAGCGUCAGCAUCCCUCCUCGCUCUGUCAUCCUCAGCAACAUGAAGAAGAAGCUGUACAAGCUGAGUCAGGAUGAGGGAGCCAUCAUCGGCAUCCAGGAGAAGCUGGCGUCUCUGGAGGCCAGCAUCGAGCAGCGUCUGAAAUGGGCUGGUGGAGCCAACCCAGCACUGGCCCCGGUCCUGCAGGACUUUGAGAUGACCAUCAGGGAGAGACGCGGCGUGGUGGCGAGAGAGAACCAGCGCACCAGUCAGGUCACCUUCUUGUGCUCCACCAUCCUGAACUUUGAAGGCCUUCGGACCCGGUCCCCCGAGGCCCUCAACAUGGAUGCAGCGCUGUUUGAGCUCCUGAAGCGCUGCCAGCAAACCUGCUCCUACGCUGCUCAGUUCAGCAGCACCGUGUCGCCACUGGAGCUCCAGCUGCUGCACAGACUGAGUCCGCUGCUGGACCUGCCCAUCGGCAGUCCUGAUUGGCUGAGCUGUGCCCAGAGGCAGCUGGAGGAGGAGCUGAGCGUGGAGCGGAGAGCUCAGGAAGAGCGGGAGCAGCAGCUGGAGUCCUGUGGAGAGACGCUGCAGCUCCUGGUCGACUCCAUUAAAGCCACUCUGUCCAACCACAACCGCCAGCUGGCUGACGUCAAGCACCUGCUGAGGGCCAUGGCGAAGGACGAGGAGGCGGCGCUCGCAGAUGGUGAAGAGGUGGUGUAUGAGGGCAGCGUGCGUCACUUCCUGUUGGAGUAUAAAGCGUGGCAGGACAACAUCCAGCUGGUCUUGUUCACCGUGGUCCAAGCCAGCGGGCAGCCCCGCAACCAGGAGCAGCUCGAGCUCCUGGAGGAAAUUCCAGCCACCCUGAAGGAGCUGCACUCCCAGAGCCAGAGUGUGUAUAAUGGCCUGGUGGGCUUCGCCUCCCCGCUGGUGACAGACAGAGACACUGAAUGUGCCAGUCCUGUUUCUGCAGCACAGACGAGCUUCGCAGCAGCUGUGAGGUGCAGUGGGGUGAAGACCCAGCCAGACUCGAUGUCCCAGAAUGCACGCAAGGGUCUGCCACGUAACCUCGGGACCCCCAACGACACUCCACCCAGCACUCUCCUGAUGAACAGCAAGGGCCUCAACCCCAGCCCCAAGAGGGCCGUACGAGACCCCAAGACAGGACGAGCCGUCCAGGAGAGGAACUCGUAUGCGGUCAGUGUGUGGAAGAGAGUGAAAGCCAAGCUGGAGGGCAGAGACAUCGAUCCCAACAGGAGGAUGAGCGCCACAGAGCAGGUGGAUUUCGUCAUCAAGGAGGCCACCAACAUGGACAACCUGGCCCAGCUGUAUGAGGGCUGGACUGCCUGGGUGUGAACGCUAUGCUGCUUCAUGUCUUUGGUCCAGCGAAGGCUUGGAGAUUCACCAGCGUCCAGCGGGUCUGGGGUGUCGGAACAGCAGCACCGGGCCACACUGGGGGGAGGAAAUGGGAAGCGGAUGCUUCGUCCGCCCUCCCAAACUCCUGGGCACCCAAACUGGGGCAGCGACCUCGUAGCACCGCUGCAACCACACUCCCCCAACCAUCGGCGAUCGGGCCAACACAACGCUUAGUGGGCCUGCGGCCCCGCCUUCCUUUCUGGGGUUUGACCGAGCAAAGCGGCGCCGAAUGGGGGAGGGGGGAAGGAGGGCAAAGGCCUUCUCACCCUCGACUUGGAGAUACCUUCCCCCCUCACCUGCAUAGCUCACUAUCAAGUUGUACCCAUAAACAUCACUGCAUCCUGUUGAGCCAAUCAAACUCCACCUGAGGGCAGGAUGAAGUAGGAAGUGAGCGGCUUCCCUCUGAAGCACACAGCUGACACGCUGUGGGUGGGACUUCACCGGGGCUAAAGCUCAGGUGGACGGGGCGUUUACACGGCCACACUCGUUUUUCUCUAAUCUUUUCCUUGACGGCUUUGAUUCUGAUUGGCCAGUGGGUGACAUGGAUGGGCGUGAACAAUGGGAACGUAGGUUUGACGGCGUUGUGGAGGAGACACUGACACCCAGCUGAACCCUGAAAUGAGAAGAAAUUAAAGUGGAAUCAAUAAUCAAACUGUUCUUUGAUUGAUAAACAUCUGUGAGUGUUGUCAGACGUCUAAUAAAAGGUUGUUGAGUGGAGUUGUUUCAGGAGGCUCUUUGUGGAUCAGACUGAGACGUCCUGUCAUGUGGACUAGUUUUGGACGGAGGGACACUUCAGACGAGGGAGAGCCUCAGUCUGACUCUUUUCUUCAGUGUGUAUCUUUAGUCUUGUGCUUUGUGACGAUCUUCUGUAGAGUAGACUUCUCUUUUUUCACCUGCCUGUCAUGAGCUGUUGCUGACCUUAUGUAUUCACCCCCCCCCCUCCCCGACGCUUGCAUUUUAUUAACCUUGACUUUCUAGUUUUACCUUUUUAGUGGGAGAAGUUAUGUUUUUGGUGAUGGUGCAAAAUGUUAAUUCUUAAAGCUUUUAUUGGAUUUUGUUAAAUGACAAAUAAACAUGGAACUGAG